AUGAGCCGCGCGUCGCCCCCGGCGCCCCCGUCGCGCCCCCUUCCCGUCUUUCUCAAACUUCUCGGCCGGCGGGGCGGCGGGACCCCGGCGGCGGGAGGGACCGCGUCAGGCGGUGGCGGGGCUCGGCGAGUCGGCGGAGCAACAGAUGAGGCGCUGCGGGGGACCCCCGCGGGCCGGGCCGCGGGGCAGAGCAAACUUUACAAAGAGUACGGUCGCCAGCGCCCGGGGGCCGACAACACUGGGACGGCCCGCGGCGGUGGCCGGGGGCCGACGACAGGCAACUUUGGGGUUGGCGGCGGCGCUGGUGGCGGUGGCCGACGUUGUCCUCUGAUUCCGCCGUCACCGUCGCCGCCGCGCCUCGGGUUUGACGUUUGUGAGAACUCGGGCCGCCUCCGCGGCCAGGCCGCCGACUCCUGUGUUGGAGUAGAAGAACACCAUGCUGUUGACAUUGACCUGUAUCACUGUCCCAACUGUGCACUUCUUCAUGGCUCUUCCUUGAUGAAAAAGAGGAGGAACUGGCAUAGGCAUGACUACACAGAGAUUGAUGAUGGUUCUAAACCAGUACAAGCUGGAACGAGGACUUUCGUCAAAGAGUUGCGUGCUCGAGUCUUCCCAAGUGCCGAUGAAAUCAUUGUGAAGAUGCAUGGCAGCCAGCUGACACAAAGAUACCUGGAGAAACACGGAUUUGAUGCUCCUAUCAUGGUCCCUAAAUUAGAUGACCUAGGACUCAGGCUCCCUCCUCCUGCUUUUUCUGUGAUGGAUGUGGAACGUUACGUAGGUGGUGACAAAGUGAUAGAUGUCAUUGAUGUGGCAAGGCAGGCAGACAGCAAAAUGACCCUUCACAAUUAUGUGAAAUACUUCACGAAUCCUAACAGACCAAAAGUGUUAAAUGUGAUCAGCCUUGAAUUUUCAGAUACAAAGAUGUCUGAAUUGGUGGAGGUCCCUGAUAUAGCUAGGAAGCUUUCCUGGGUGGAAAACUAUUGGCCAGAUGAUUCAGUCUUUCCCAAGCCAUUUGUUCAAAAAUACUGCUUGAUGGGUGUUCAAGACAGCUACACAGAUUUCCACAUUGACUUCGGUGGAACAUCAGUCUGGUACCAUGUCCUCUGGGGUGAGAAGAUUUUUUAUUUGAUAAAGCCAACAAAUGAAAAUUUGGCACUCUAUGAAUCUUGGAGUUCAUCUGUGACCCAGAGUGAGGUAUUCUUUGGAGAUAAAGUGGAUAAAUGCUACAAAUGUGUGGUAAAGCAGGGACAUACCUUAUUUGUUCCUACAGGGUGGAUCCAUGCUGUGCUCACAUCUCAGGACUGCAUGGCUUUUGGGGGGAACUUUCUACACAACCUUAACAUUGGCAUGCAGCUCAGGUGUUAUGAGAUGGAGAAAAGACUAAAAACACCAGAUCUUUUCAAAUUCCCUUUUUUUGAAGCCAUAUGUUGGUUUGUAGCCAAAAAUUUGCUGGAAACCUUGAAAGAACUGAGAGAAGAUGGUUUCCAGCCUCAGACUUACCUAGUACAGGGGGUGAAAGCACUGCAUACUGCUUUAAAAUUAUGGAUGAAAAAGGAACUUGUAUCUGAACAUGCCUUUGAAAUUCCAGACAAUGUUAGACCUGGACAUCUUAUUAAGGAACUUUCUAAAGUAAUUCGAGCAAUAGAGGAAGAAAACGGCAAACCAGUUAAAUCUCAGGGAAUUCCUACUGCAUGUCCAGUUUCACGGUCCUCAAAUGAAGCAACUUCCCCAUACCAUUCCCGACGGAAGAUGAGGAAGCUCCGGGAUCACAGUGUCCGAACCCCUUCCAACCUGGACAUCCUGGAGCUCCACACAAGAGAGGUCCUCAAGAGACUGGAGAUGUGCCCGUGGGAAGAGGACACGUUGAGCUCAAAGCUGAAUGGAAAAUUCAACAAACAUCUUCAGCCAUCUUCCACGGUGCCUGAAUGGAGAGCAAAAGAUAAUGAUCUGCGAUUACUGCUGACAAAUGGAAGAAUAAUUAAAGAUGAGAGGCAGCCCUUCGCAGAUCAGAGUCUUUACACAGCAGACAGUGAGAGUGAAGAUGAUAAGAGAAGGACGAGAAAGGCCAACAUGAAGACAGAAGCGAGUUCAGAAAUGGAGGGGACGGAAAGGGAAAAGCCUGCAAAACCACUCAACAGGCUUUUUACAAGUGUGAAGUCAGAACUCAGGAAUAGAUCAUCAGAAUAUUCUGAUAUUUCUGAUUCAGAAGACUCUGGACCUGAUUGCACUGCACUGAAAAUUAAUUUUACCACUGAAGAAUCUGAAAGUUCAGGUGAUGAAAAGAAACAAGAAGUAACAUCAAACUUUAAGGAGGAAUCUAAUGUGAUGAAGAAUUUCCUUCAAAAGAGCCAGAAGCCAUCUAGAAGUGAAAUUCCAGUUAAAAGGGAGUGUCCUACCUCGACGAGCACAGAGGAAGAAGCUAUUCAGGGCAUGCUGUCCAUGGCAGGGUUGCACUACUCCACAUGUUUACAAAGGCAAAUGCAAAGCACAGACUAUAGUGGUGCAAGGAACUCUCCUGAAGACCCCAGUAGCUGCCACAGCAGUAGCCGUGAGGUCAGGCAGUCGUAUCGCUAUGAUAAAUCAAUGGAAUGUGGAUAUCAUGUCAAGCCUGAAGAUCAAGAUUUGAAGACCUCUUCUUGGAUUAAACAAAUGGAUAGAACUUGCAGAUUUAAUCCUCAGGAUCUAAGCAGAAGCCAGAAAUGCAUCAAAAAGGAAGUUUUGUCAGAAACGAGUCAAAAGGUGCAAAGUAGAAACUGUAUGGACAGUGGUGGCGCAGGCCUUCCGAGUGGAAGGUAUGCACAGAAUUCCAGCGUGGUUGUAGGUGUGUGCCAGAUAAACAGUGAAAGCUUGAGCCCAGAGAGACCAGCCGGAGAGCCCUCCUUUUCAGUGCCCCUUCACCCCACCAAGAGACCUGCGUCAAAUCCGCCACCUAUCAGCAACCAGGCAACAAAAGGCAAACGUCCAAAAAAAGGAAUGGCAACAGCCAAACAGCGUCUUGGGAAGAUCCUUAAGUUGAACAGAAAUGGCCACGCACGCUUCUUUGUGUGACAGAGCUGCUAUGGCAGCUGCGCCUCCCUUUGGAGCAGUCUGGGGCAGGAGCCCGGAGCUUCUGCCACCCCUGCCUGGAGCAGCUGGCGUGGACAUACGAACACUGCCCGAAGAGCAGAGCGACCUGAUGCUGCGUCUUCACUGUGCCACACCACUCAGCAAUAACCCUUUGGACCUGGAGGGAGCGGGAGGAGGAGGGUAGAACCUUAAAAAGAGACCUUGGACUGGAAAGGGUCUCUUGUCAGGGCUUGAAUUUCAUUUUGUUGUUGGUAGUGUCUUGAUUUAAUUUUCAGUAGUAGGGUAAAGAAUUAUCAAUAAUUUAUUUAACAGAUUUUUUUUUAAAAAAGUUAACAGCUUUUAAAUUCUUUCUUUUUUAAAGCUAUUUAUUUGGAAGAUUUCUGGAGAAAUAUCUCACUAAUUUAGAUUUAAGAAUGUGAAGGUUUUUAAAUUAUUUUUGAUAGUGUGCGUGUUACGUGUGGGGGAGCCACGGUAACAGUAACUAGUCUGGACUCUUAAAUUUGAUAUUCAGGUUAAAGUCUUAAACAGGGAUUUGAUGCAUUAAUUAUUUUAAAUUAAGAUGUAUAUGAAAAUCAUUUUAUUUUAUAUAUUUCAUGUGUUUUUUAUAAGCUAUUAGCUUCGCUUUUGCUAACAUCCAAGGUGCGUACUGUUAUCCAGGUUGAUUCCCUUACACCCACUUCCCUCUGCACCCCUCAUUUUGUGAUGACCCGACAAGACUCUUCUCUUUGCAGGGAAACACUUGCAUAGCCAGUGUGUAAAGCUCCGUAAAAGACCCCUCACCCCUUAUUUCCUCUGACAUUGUGAUUUUCUUCUGAAUAUAAGGAAACAGGCUUCCUCUUGCAUUUUCAUUUUUGCUGAUGAUAUCUGGGUCCCAAAGAGAACAGCUUUAAUAUCUUCUUCCUACCUGUGGGGAAAGUAUUGUAAGUUUGAUUAAUGUCAUGUUUCUAGUUUUUUUCAAGUACAUUGUAAGUACAGAGGGCCUUCUUCAUACCGCUGGUGUUGGAAGACAGGGCCAGCACCUGCUGCAAGGGUUGUAUCUCCUGAUGCUUUUAUUUGCUAACUCUAAUAUUUUGAGAAGUAUGAUUUAAUUUAGGAUAUUCAAAUCUGCAUAAUAAGCUGCAAUAUAAUAGGAUUAUACUAUAUUAAGUUGUAUAGAAGCAAGCAUGUCGGAGUAGAUCUUGUGUGUAUGUGUUUACUUUUUUAUUUCUUAACAUUUUAAGGAAUUAUUCAUAAGGAUUUAGAGUAAAAUGGGUGCUUUUUGCAUUUCUUUCCAUUUAAACUUGGCCAGUACAUAUUGAGGUUAAAUAUCUGGUUGAGCUUUCACGUAAUCAUUUAUCUCCUUUCUGCAUAAUUUUUACUGAAUGUGAGGUUUUGGUUGCUUCUAACAGAUUUUGGUUUCCCCUUUCCCUCUCAUGAUAUAAAAGUAAAUGAUUGUUGGGGAUAAGGUGAAAAUAUUUCCAAGUCUGAAUAUAUAGCAUUUUGCAAAUUCCUACAAAAACAAUACAGGCAAAUAGAAUGAAAUUUAUUUUUAUGAAGAAGAAAUAUGACCAUAUAAUGGAUUUGUCUUUUUUUUUUUAACUUAGGAUUUUAAGUAUCACUUAAAAUUGUUCAGAAAAAGAAGCUAUUCCACCAUCUUUCAUAGUUGUAUACAAAUGUAUAUUUCCAAAGAGGAAUAUUUCUUACUCUGUCUUUUCCCAUGUUUCGUGGGAUAACUAUGAAAGAGCUAAUAAGAUAGCCUUCUUGGUCUAAAAGUCUGAGUCUUAUUUGGGUGUCAGAAAGAAGAAUUUUUGGGGAAAUCAUCAGUGUCUGAACAGCCUACUUAAAACCUGUCUGCAUGAUGCUGUGACCAGUGGAGAAGUGGAUAUGCUCAGCUGCUGGCUGGACUCAGGGUGCAAGGAUCUAGGUUUGCCUGAUGCCCUGACCUUCCCUCGUAAUACAUCACUGUGAUGUCUCAGUUUUCUAUGAACCCUGUUCUAAAGGGUCCAUAAUGAUCCAUGAUGGGUUUAAGAAAUAAGAAAUUAUAAUUUCUUUUCCAGUGAUGAUCUGAAUAUUUUCUUUAUGUUUCUCACUACUCUUAAGUAUUUGUAAUUACUUUUUAAGCUAUAUAAACAAUUUCAAAAUAUAAUUUAUUUAAAAAUUUUUAAAAAUUUUUUUAUGAAUUAAAAUUUUGACCGGUAUCCAUCUUAUGUCCUAAAGCUGAUAAAACAGUUUUGUGUAUCCAGUAUGUGGAAUUUUUAAGUGAAAGUAUAGUGGAUUCAUUGUUGGCAGUUUAGUCCAUUAACUGGUUAAGUUACAAAGCUUUCAGGAAGGUAAUAUAACCACUAUGAGAAAAUACAUGAGACUUUUUCUGAAUUGGGAAAAAUUCAACUAUUGAUCCAGUGACUUCUAAUCAAACCUCUUAUAAUGUUUCCUGCAGUGGUGCCUCCCUUUAUCUUAUGGGACUGGCUGGACUUUGAUUAACUGCUGCCAGUAACUGGGCUCGGCUGUAGUGUUUAACCUUUUGUUUUUUCCUUAGUCUCACUUAUAAACUGUACAUCACAACUUAGGAAGACAGCAGUGGUAACAUUUACCUAGUCAUGAGCAAAUACCAGUUAUAAAACUGAAAACUCAUCAUUUAAUAUACGCAACUUUAAUGGUACUAGUAGUUUUCCUAUUACUGAGUCAAAUAAAUAACCCAACCUGGGUUCCUCUGUACUGUAAUUCAUGUCACAUAAUGUUAUGCUCCCCAGUAUUGAUGAGUGAUGUAAACAAUAUAUAGUUAGCAGUUUAUAGUAGAGUUCAGCAUCCUAGAAAUACUUGGAACCUCAUAAGUACCAGUUUAUUUUUGAAGCAUAAAACAUUCUUAUCAAAACCAUAACUCAGAGAGGAGAUAAGCCCACCUUUAUCAGUAAUUACUUAGCUCAGAUACUGUUAUAUUUUUUUAAUGGUCCUAAUGAUUGCCUUUUUAAAUGUACUCUGCCGUCUUUGCUCUUGAGGCAGCAGGUAUUUAGCAGACAUGUACUGAGUCCCCAGCACUAAGUAGUGCUGCUGUAGUUGCAGUUCUGGUCUCUCCCGUGAAAGGCUUCUUCAGGAAGUUAGCAGUAUUAUUUUUACUUCUAAGCAAACUUCAACUGAAGAGAGCCUAUUUAUUAAAAAAAAAAAAUCACUUGAUUAGUUUCAGCUGAAUUAAACCACUGUAGAAGUAGAAAUAAAAAGAUUUAAGUUCUUUACAUUUUAAGAAACAUUUCAAAAGUUAGUAACAUAAUGUUGGUGACAUGAGGAUAUGCUUUAGCAUGGAAGGAAGAAAAAGACCCAAGUUUUGGUCUGAGUUCUGCCACGUCUGUGUCAGUUGUGUAACCUGUAUGCAACUCAUGUCACUUUCUGAAUCUUAUUUUCCUUACUUUUAAAUUGGGGUAAAACUGCUUAUUUUACUCUCCAAUGAAGAAAAGCAUUUCUUAAUCUAUUAACACUUCAUAUUUACAUAUAAUCUAUCAAUAAAACUGAUGAAUGCACCUUUAUAUACAUUUUAAGUAAAAACUGCUAUUAUUCAUACAACUUAUUUCAUAUCAAAUAUAUAUGCAGGGCAUGCUACCUAAAAAUCUGAUGAAUCUCUAACAAGGUGCUGAGUUGAAGUCAGAUGCCACACUCCAAGUAAAAGAAGAAGUGAGCUAGUUCACGCAUAGUGAGUGGGAAUGUUCAUCCUUAUGUACAUGAAGGUGAUUCCGAGUCACUGAAAGAUACCUUUAAGUUUCUGUCAAAGAGAAAUUAGGGAGGCACUGCUCCCCAGAUCCGGCACACUCCUCAGGUCCUAGAUAUGGGGGAGUCAGUCAUGAGAUGAGAAUGAUUCAACAGCCACUCAUGAGACUAGGGCAAAAACAGAGUGGUCACUCCGAGGAGACUGUUCUGGGAUGGGUGACAGAAGCCUAGGCAGAGAGAACUCAUUAGUGCUGCGGAGAGGAGACUCUGGUGGACGUCUCCCACAGAUGUUCAGGACAGUGACGAGACUGCUCCCUGAGAGUGACCCACCGUGCAGCUGCUGGAAGGGAAUGUGCUAGAAACAAGUGAAGUUUUCACAUGGAGAGACAGGGCCUUCAUAGUGUAGAUCAAAACAUUUUUAAAAGUUUGUCUUUCUCAUUAAAUACUUACUGACUCACUUCCAUGUAAAGAGAAGCUCUCCCCAGCAGGCAGAGGCCCUGGAUCUGAGCCCCAGCACGGGGUGGGGCAGGGGAGUGCCCGUCCUUUAUGAGCUACUUCUUCACCAAAAGCAGUCUGGAGGCCAAGCAUAGCAGCCUUUAGCCUAGGGAAAGCUGGUGAAUAAAGUGUAAGCCAAAUAGGGCAGUGAUGUACCCAAGAGCACAGUGGGCAGGACCUCCAACAGCUUGCUUCCUGAGACAGCCCCAGCUGCAUGACGCUGUAGCUUCUGCCUGCGUCGCAAUGGACAUGUGCGUGUGUGUGCUUCCUUGAAGACAGGUGCAAAAGGGCAGCAUUCCCACCCUCACUACAUUGUGCCAAGCCUGAUGUAAUCUUAAUACUAUAUAGCCUUACUAAAAACCUUUUUUGAGUUUUUCAGUGAUCAUACCAUAAGUUAAAUACUUGAUAUGCUUUAUAUAAAUACUUCUCAACAGUUAAUAUCCUUAAGCAAAUGCCCACUUCCAAAGCAACUAAUUUAUUGUGAUUGACUGGCUUUGUUCUUCUCUAGUCCUCGAUCCCUGAUAGUCCCUUGAGUCAGAUUCUUCCUCUCACCUUGGUGCCCCCCUCGUGUCUUGAGGCUUUGUCUGAACAAGUACAGCCUUACAUUUUUUUGUUGUUGUUCAGACCUUUAUCAAACUAUCCAGUGAUUCUUCCAGCAAGCGUAUCUGCUCUGCACGAUUUCACUAAUAAACCCUGGCUACCACGUAGCCCUUGACCUCCAAGUAGUUUACCUAUGCAAGACCCAUGGCAGUCCGAGUUCACUUUGCUUUAUUUCAGGAAGCAGUCAUACACAGAACUUAAUCACAGAAAACUUGUUUUCAUCAGUUUUAUUUUGGUAACUUCCUCUUCAAUAUGUCAGCUAUUUUCCCCCAAGAGUUUUCACCAAAACAAUGAUCAUAAGUGCUAAAUAUAUAAUGUUUUGCAGGAGUAAAAUAACCCAGACACACCUACUCAUAUUUCUCUAAUAAAUUUUGGUUGGUAAAAGUUACCAGCAUUAAAUACAAAUAUAUAAUAAGGAGUUGAUUCCUUUCCUAGAAUCAUUUCUUCCCUCUAAGAUUCAUAAGGAACAUUUUAUUUUUACAAACCACACAUACAGCUUCCACAUUUUAGUCAGGGACCUAAGGUGUAACUUGCUAAGUGAACCCCAAGGUUAUUUUAUCUUGCAAAAGAAACCUAAACCAAACUAAGGGCCUUACAGUUUAUGGUUAGACUGAAUCAAAAGCUAGAACCUCAGUUUUUCCCAAAACAGCUUCUGACUGCAAAAGCAAGUCAUGCAGUUGUUAGUUAUGAAAUAGCACUGAUCAGGAAACGCACAUGCAUCUUGCAGGCUGUGUUUCCCUCAGAAAAGACUUUUCUACUUUUAAUAUAAAUUAAGCCAUAACAGUUUCAUGCUGUGGAAAGAGGGUGAAAAGGUUCAUGUUAAGAGAUUAUAUAAUAUGAAUUUUCACAUUACUGUGAAAUGUCUAACUUCACCAGUGCUUCAGCAAGUUUUCUUUUGGGGGGAUGUUGGAGGGUAGUGUGGGGGAGGGGGCGUAUUGGUUUUAGGGGUUUUAACUGUGAAAUUUGACAAGGGGACAGUUGUUGGCUAUGGUAUUUACUAGUUUUGUAGUAACGUUUUGCUAGCCUCUCUGGCUUUCCUUACUGGUCUUUCUGCCCAUGGUCCCAGGUGACUGUUGCCUUCUCGUCGGGGGUGUCUGUGGGGUAGUGUCUCGUCUGUGUGUAGGCUGCCAGUGUGUGCGCACAUGUGUGUCCUUUGAGUACAGAAGCACACGUGUGACGGUGGGAGGGGGCGUGGCUGGGGAGUGGGAUGCGGAAGCUUUAAGAGCAUUUUUUUUCUGAUUCAUGACAGUAUUUCCCAUCUUUUGCCUGCAGGCAGGGAAAGUGUACAGUAUUUAUUUUGUUUCUGUUUUACUCUGAACUUGUAAGUCUUUAAGUAGCUUACAUUGAUUAUUAUAGGGGAAGACAAAUGACUUGUUUAAAGUUGUCUUUAGUAUUCUUUUCAAUUUCUGUACUUUAAGAUAUUGAAAUUAAAAUUGUAUUACUUCUGUUUUGAUUUUUUUAGCACUCAGUGUAUUUUUUGCUCAUUUUGUUUGAAAGUAUUAAUGUUGAAAGUUGUAAAAAAUGUGUCUC